CUUGACGCAAGUCUGUUGUUAUCGAGUGAACGUUACCUAUCCGCAGAAGAAGGUGCAGGAGCUAUCAUUACGUAUUGUAUUCAUGGCAAAAACACGUAUUGCACUUUUUAUAGUAUCCAUUGUUGUCUUAUCAGGAUGCAUAUAUCUUGCGGUAUCACAAGAACACCGUCGUGCAAAACAAUCGAAAGCGCAACGGCCGAAUAUAAUUGUUAUUGUCGCAGAUGACUUGGGUUGGAAUGACGUAAGUUUUCAUGGUGCUAAUCAAAUACCUACGCCGAAUAUAGACGCUCUCGCCUACAAUGGUAUCAUAUUGCAACGCCAUUAUGUCUUGCCGAUAUGCACGCCAUCAAGGACAGCUUUCCUCACAGGACGUUAUCCUAUUCGAACAGGUAUGCAAGGAUAUCCUCUAAAAGCCGGCGAACCACGCGCAAUACCAUUGAAUGACACUCUGUUGCCGGAAUAUCUACAAAAAUUGGGAUAUAACACUCAUCUGGUAGGGAAGUGGCAUGUCGGCUACUAUACUGACCAUCACACGCCGGCAUACCGAGGUUUUGACACUUUCUUUGGAUACUACAGUGGAUAUAUUACCUACUUUAAUCACACAAUUACUCAAGAUAAUCACACAGGGUACGAUUUGCAUUACGAUAUCGCCGGGAAACUUUCAGUCGAUCAUAAUCACGAAUACAUGACUGAUCUUAUAACGGAAAGAGCUGAAAAUAUAAUCUCUACGCAUGAUCGCAAAAAUCCUCUUUAUCUGCAAUUGUCUCAUGUGGCGGUCCACUCUUCCGAUUCGAAAGACGUGAUGGAGGUUCGAGAUGCGAAUGAAGUGAACAGAACUUUAGGUUACAUCGAAGAUUUUGAUAGAAGAAAGUUUGCAGGUGUAAUGACCGCUUUAGAUGAAUCUGUUGGUAGAGUAGUUAAGGCAUUAAAAGAAGCAGAAAUGCUAGAAAAUUCGAUUAUUGUCUUCAUGUCCGAUAAUGGUGCACAAACUGUAGGCUUCCUAGAGAAUUUCGGAUCGAAUUAUCCUUUGCGAGGGUUAAAGUUUACACUGUUCGAGGGCGGUGUUCGUGGCGCGGCGUGCGUUUAUUCGCCGUUAAUAAAAACAGCCUCCAGAAUUUCGAAUGAUUUGAUGCAUGUGACUGACUGGUUGCCAACAUUCUACUCUGCCGCGGGUGGUAAUUUGGAAGAUUUAGAGGGAAAUCUCGACGGCGUUGAUCAGUGGUCCACACUUGUUUCCAAGAAGCAAACUAAACGUUCGAGUGUCAUGUUGAACAUCGACGAGGUAGAAAAAACUUCAGCAGCUAUAAUCGGAAAAUACAAAUUGAUAAAUGGAGCAAGUCCUCAGUACAACGAUUAUUAUGGUGACAGUGGUACCGACAAAUCCUAUCCAGAAUACAAUGUAUCCAGCGUUUUAACAUCGCUAGCAGGUUCUGCGAUCGAUAAAAUAUCAAAGUCCACUUUAAAAGUUAAGGAUGUAGUUGAGCUAAGGGAAAAAGCGAGAGUAACGUGUGAAAAUGUUACAAAAUAUCCAAAGUGUUUCGACAGAUGUUUGUUUAAUGUAUACAAAGAUCCUUGCGAGAGUAUAGAUCUGUCAUUAACGCAUCCAAAGGUCGUUAUUGAACUCAAUAAUUACAUUGGAAAAUAUAUGAAAGUUUUGGUACACCAAACAAACAAACCAGUUGAUCCAGCGUCCUUCCCUGAACAUUUUAACGGAACAUGGAUGCCUUGGAUAAAACUGCCGGAUAAUGAUAACCCGUUAGAUUUAGUUUCUCAUGUAUCGUUACAAGUAAACGAAGAUUUCAUCGGUCACUAAACAAUUGUUCAAUUAAAUUGCUACAACCAAAAUACCAAUCAGUAAUAAUUGUUUGCUCUCAUCAUAGAUAUUUUUAAAUAGUUGCAAUAAGUAUUAUUAAAGUGGAGGAAUUUUUAUUUAUGCGUCAUGCAAGUUGAAUGACAUAAUUUCUCUUAUUUGAUGCAAAAUAAGAAAAUAGCUAUUUAUUUUUUGAUAAAUGCAAUUAUGCAUGCAUUUUCUGUAAUGUAAAAAAGGCUAUGAAUUCUUGUAAAAUAUCAUAAAAACAAAUGCGAUUGUCCUAGAUAUUAUGUAAAAAAUUUGUUGGAAGAUAUUUAAAUAUAUUUUACAGGAAAUAAAUUAAAGGCAAAUAUUUAUCAGUAUUCAACUUUGUGAAAUAAAUC